AUGGUCACGGAGUCGGUUCAGUCAGUGACUCGCGAGCGCAACAUCGAGGCUCAGAGUGCCUUUGCCUCCACUCUUGUGGCUGAUGUCGAGAAAACGCCUCAUUCCAAGGCGUCUCUUUCUGAUGGACCGCAUACGAAUGUCUAUGGUUCAGCGAUCGACACUCCUACCUCCCAGGCUGGGACAGACGCAGUCUACGCGGCCAAAGCAGCGCUCUUGAACCAGGCGUUGCUGGAUAUGGGCAUGGGUCGCUACCAAUGGUUGUUGUUUGUGAUUACCAGUGUUGGAUGGCUCCUUGACAGCUUCUGGCUGAUGUCUUUCUAUGCCAUCGCGCCGUCUGCCUCCAAUGAGGCGCAGUUCUUCUACUCGUAUGACAAAGAAGCUUACCUGUUUAUAAGCUUAUUUGUUGGGAUCACCACCGGCGCAACGGCAUGGCCUUGGAUGUCCGACUUCUUGGGCCGCAAAUGGAUUUUCACCAGCACGGUAGUCCUCAUGGGUAUGGGAGGGCUUGUUGGAGCUGGAAUGCCGGCAUUCACGGGUCUAUGUGUCGUGGGGUUUGUUGUCGGCUUUGCGGUGGCUGGCAAUCAAGUCGUGGAUGCGAUGAUCCUCCUCGAGUCCAUCCCUGCGUCCCAUCAGUUCUUGGUUACUAUCCAAGGUGCUUUCUGGGGGCUUGGCCAGCUAGUCGCCUCAGCUGUUGGAUGGGCGUUCAUCGCCGAGUACACAUGCGGCACUGGCCCCGACGAGAUCAGCACGGCGACGGCGCUGUCCCACCAAUCCCGCGCCACGCACUCUGGCAGUGGCGGUAGCAGCAGCGCUGGUAACAGCAGCUCCUGCCACUAUGUCAGCAACAAGGGUUGGCGCUACGUGUGGUGGACUUUUGGUUGCAUCACUCUCUUCCUGUAUCUUUGCCGAUUCACCUUCCCUCUCCGCGAAACACCCAAAUACCUCCUCUCCAAACGCCGCGAUGCCGAAGCGACCCAGCUAGUCAAGGACAUUGCCGCAUACAACAAGCGGCGAACCUGGCUUGAAGAGUCGUCCUUCGCCCGCAUCGACUCGACUGUCGACGCCAGCACGCCCGGGUCUCGUCGCCAACCCCGACUUAGGGCUCUACUGACAGCAACAGGACCUCUUGGUGCAUUCGUUCUCUGUCUCCUCUGGUCUGCCACCGGUCUUACAUUCAUUCUGCAUAAGACCUACAUCAGCAAAUUUCUGGUCACGAAGGGGGUCGCGUCGAUCACCGCCACGACCGUGACCACGGAUUACCUCUACAGUCGAUACCUCUACGUCGCCGUCUGCGCCAUUCCUGGUCCCAUCAUUGCGGGAUUAUUGAUCGAAGCGAAGGGUCUCGGCCGCACGCGCACAGGCGGUAUCAUUGCAGUCCUGACUGGACUCGUCAUGUCUCUAGCCACCGUGUCCCGAUCCCGCAACGCCCUUCUGGCCUUCGAAUGUAUCCUGUCAUUCUUGGAGGCGGCCAACCUGGCAGUUCUCACCACGUACACUGUGGAGAUUUUCGCCGCGCCGUUCCGGGGCUUUGGCAUGGGCGUCAUGGGGUUUCUUUGGGGUGUGCUUGGUCUGAUCGCUUCGAUUGUCACGGCUUUCGAGGGCGGUGCUGCCGGUGGAGCGCCGGUGUGGUUCUCGGGCGCAAUCUGGGUGGUUUUGGGUGUUGCUUGGUUGGGUGUACCUGAGACCAAGGGUCGGGCUGCGGCGUAG